UGCUAACCAAACUUCACAAAAAGCCUCUGUUUCCCUGGCAGUGCUCUUCCCAGGACAGCCUGCCAGCCUGAGAGCUCUAGCUUUGAACUGUUUGGGGGAGUCAAAAGAAAUCUCAUUAAGGACAUGUCUCUCCUUUUACCUGAGGCCGUGUUUGUUUUAGGUGAGUAUUCUUUGGGAGUUAAGAUAAAGGAGGGGCUGAAAGGCCCAGGCAGGCACCCAGCCUGCCACAGGCUUUAGAGCAUCAAACGCCAUGGAGGGUGCAGCUGCAAGUCUCCUACUCCAGGCUGCAGUGGGUGGCAUCUGCCACUGCUCCUGGGGUGCCCCGCAGCAGCAGCAGCAGCACCCGCCCCUGCCCCAGCCCAGGGAGCACCCCGAGAGCAGCCCUGCUUUAUGGAGGCCCUGGAUGCUCACAGCAAGAGAUGGUGAGAUGACAGAGAAUCAACAAAUGUCAGAACUGGGUGGUCAGCUAAUAAAUUUUAGAUCAAAAGGAGCCUUGGGGUUUCAACAUCCGGUGAGACUUUACUUGCCCAAGUCCAAAUCCCAAAAGUUUCUUAAUAACAUCGGAGAGAAGGUUCUGGCGAGUUUUCCAGUACAAGCUACAAUUCACUUCUACAAUGAUGAUGCUGACUCUGAGGAAGAUGAAGAAGAAAUUGGUUCAGCCUAAUAAUGAAUGGUGGGCAGCCUUAACAAACACAAAAUAAAAAUUUGAAAAAUCAAAAGAUAAAAAAAGAAUUGUCGGAAACAUAUGGACAGACAUCUGACCAAACAAAGAAAUACAUCAAAGCUCAAAAGAAAACUGUU